AUGGGUGCACAGCCUGCGAAGCCAUCGAAAAAGAGCAGACUGGAAGACGACAGAACUCGCAGAGAGGAAACCUUCGCGGAGGCCACCAGCAAGAGAGGCAGUAUCGACGCCAUGACAACGGUUGAGGAUUGGGAUCCCAGUGAUAUUUGGGACUUUAGUGAUCAUCGUCCGAACAGUUCCAAAUCUAAACGCGGAGUUCCCCACGAAGUCCAUAACCAUCAAAAGCCAGCGUUGAGGCCGGUUUAUGAGAUUGGUUCCUACGUGAUGGCACGGUGGAGAAAUAACUACGAGUACCUUGCCGAGGUUUUAGCCUACCGUCAACGAUCCCGUGAGCACCUGGAGUAUCGGAUUAAAUUUAGCUGGGAUGGUGUUGUUGAAUGGACUCCAGCAUCCUCCAUUCGUCGUGCAGAGCAAAGCGAAAUCAACUAUGUACUGAGAUUUAUUCGUCAACACAGACAAGCGGAGACAACGAAGAAGGAGCCUAGUGAAGAGCGUGAAAGAAAACCUGUGGUCGAUGCUAAUGACGGUUCAAAUGAUACACCUGUUGCCAAAGGUGAUAUGCUUUAUGAUCGCAACAUUGCUCAGUUCCACGAAGCCUGUCGAAAGAGGCGAGAGCUAAAGAAGCAGGCUGUUUCAGGAGAAUUUGAAGGAUCAAAGCUCGAGGAACCACCUAAAUUGGAGAACCCAACCGUUUCACCCCCCAAUAAACCGGGAGGCAAAUCAGAGCAGCCUAGUUUGGCUAAACGGUCAAGUGCUACUUGUCCUCACUGUCCUCGGAAAAUGCGUAGACAGAGUCUAUUAACUGCUCACCUUCAGAAUUAUCACAGCGCAAAGAGUACUUCACCGCAGCCGACUGUGGAACUCACUCCUGCACCGAAGAAGAGGAAGGUGGAACCAGAGGUGGAGGGCCAGCCGCUGCCUGCAGCUGCCCAGUCAGAGAGAUAUGUCUUCUGCCCCGCGUGCAAAUUUAGCGGUUCUACGACAGAGCUCGUUCAAAAUCUCAUUCAAUGCGUUGUUUGUCGGGUGUGGUCUCAUAGGGCAUGCACCUCACAGGGCGCAGCUAAGUCGUGGAUUUGCACCUUCUGCCACCGGGCACCCUCCCGAUCCGGUCUCACUGACUGGCCGACUGAGUCGGCGGAAACUGGUGAAGUGACCAUGUCGCAGCCAGGCGACAAUCCCAGCUUGGCCCAUUUGAUGCGAGAGACCAUGAGUCUGAUAACAUGGCUGCGCCAUCUCAAUACAUUGAUUGUGACGGGUCGCCGUACGCUCUCUCGGAUUAGAGGAUCGUCUGGAAGUGGUGAUAGUGGCAAUGGUGAGGCACAGUCCACCGUAGCGACCUCAAAUGCGCCAAAGGAGAACUCUGCUGACUCCACAACUGCUGACUUGACUAUGGAUUUCCCAUUUAUUCCUGCACCUCAAGUAGUUGCUGGGGAGGAACAUUUGAGUGCGUUGGAGUCCACGGACAUUACGCGAAUUCUGGCCAACCUUGCAAACAGCUCACCAGAAGACUUGCCCGAUCUGAUGACUGCCAUUUCUGACGACCUACUCAACGUACCGGCUUCGACACAGCAGGGCCAACCGCCAGCGCAGGUCCAGUCAGGAUCACCAAGGCAGACUGCGGCGCCGCCUCCGCCUCCUCAAUCGGGCGCCAUUUUCGACACGCCAACUAAGACGCUGCUAGCGAGUCUCGAGCAGGUGUUGUACCAGGGCGGAAGCGGAUUGAGCAAUAGCAAACCCUUUCCCCCACCCACGGCUACCACAAUUGAGGCAGAUCUGCAGCGGCCUCUAACAAUUGACGCCGCAUCGCCUUUCUUCACAACGCCCGUGAAGAGUCUUCGCAGCGGGAGCACCAGUGUCAGUGACAUCGAGGCCGCUGCCAGUCUGAUCGGCUUCGCCGAGAGCUCCAGUCGCGCCGAAUUCGAAAAUAGCGUAGACCCCUUAUUUCAAGCAAAACUGCAAAUCCUUUCAUCUGCUCACUUUCUAUUUCCAUCUUCUGGAUCAUAUGACCAAAUAGGUGCAUCCCGCACCAUGGAAGCCUCUUUUCGACGUCUUUUUAUCUUCGUAGACGAGGCCAAGUCACAGAGGGCGUCGAGUGACCUCGACUGCCUGGAAUCAGAUAUCCUGAUCCCACUGGAGGAGAUGAUCAGUCUAAUCGAGUCAAGGCUUGAUGUAAUCGAGUCACAAGUCGCCAAGCUGCAAGGAAACCAGGCGACAGCGUUGCCUCACUCGAAUGCGGAGAACCGGGAUGGCAUGGAUGAAGGCGACGGUGAUGACGGGGACUCAGUAUCAGCACUCUCAAGGACACCCGCCUUUUCACAUUCCUCCCUCUCGCCCUCCUCCUCCCGCUCCCUGUCCCCCACGUCGCCCCAAGAAGGUGGUGGUGGCGACGCUCAGUCGACUGGGAUGAGUCAAGCUGAAGAUGCACUUGAAAAAGAUCCACCACAACGAGAAGCAUCGUUGAACAAUGCUACUUCUCCGCCCACUGAUGCUGAGCUUCACCCUGAAGAGGUCCAUGACCUCACCAACACAGCAACUUCAGCUCCCAAACGCAAACGGCACCGACGAAAAUGGAGAAGUUCCGAGCCUGACUUUGAGGAGACGUGCAACGCGAAGGAGGAUGAGCCAUUUGUGGCCAUCCACCAGCCAUUUCAUCGCAUAGUGUUUGACGAAGAUGGCAACGCCUCCGACGUGGUCCUCCGACCGCAAUGUGAGGUCAAUCGGAAGCACCAAAAGCGUCUCGCCACAAGCAGCUACAGGUGGAGUUCAAGCAUCCAAUCGGAAGACAAUACAAUCAGCGCGGUGCCGAAGGAGCCCAAAACAUCUAGUUUGCUACCAGCUGUUAAGUGUGCGGUGGAUCACCCAGAGGUGAAGAACCUCGAAGUGCGGGUACACCACUUUCCGGUGAACUACUCACCCCCAGACGAUAACGUAAAAACGUACACUGCUGUAAAUCAGGACGACACUAGGGAGGACAAUGAGACGAUUGUGGAAAGAUCAGACAAUACCAACGAAAAGGACUAG